AUUUCAGCAGAUACUGAAAAUUCACUUGGAAGAGUAAAAACAGAUCAGAUUCAGAAACUUUAAGAUGGUAUACUGAGCACAACAAAAUCUGUUUGACAACAGUCCGUCCUCUGUGUGUUCCAGUGGUGCUUUUAUUGUGGAGACUUCCUGUCUGACGCGGUCACAAACUGUCCAACUUUACUGUUUGUGCUCGAGCCGACAUUACACUUCCAGUAGCUCCUACUCCCGGUGUCACGGACAGUCCUCAGUCGGUACCGUCAUGCAGCUCGACUCCCUGCGGCUGUUUGUGGACCAGCGGCUCAGCUCGGUUACUGACGACAUUUUCCGACGUUUUGCCAGAAUGAUCGCCGAUUAUGAAAACGAAGUUUCCUGGUUAAAACAGGAGAUAGAUGGACAGAGGAAACUGCUGGGGACAGCCGAACGACCGGAGGACAGACCGGAGGACAGACCGGAGGACAGACCGGAGGACAGACCGGGGGACAGACCGGAGGACCGACCGGAGGACAGACCGGGGGACAGACCGGAGGACCGACCGGAGGACAGACCGGAGGACAGACCUGCAGGUGUACUGCAGAUUUUCACCACUGAAGAAGAGCAACAGAUAAGGGGGCGGAGUUUCAGUCUGCACAUCAAACAGGAGGAGGGCAGAGCUUCAGGACCAGAGGACACAGACACCAAGUUUACACAGAGUCUCGAAGGGUUGAAGGAGAGACCUGAAACAGACCUGAGUCCUCUGUCCAAUCCGAUCCAAUCCUGCACAGAGGAGGCGGGGCCUCAAACUGCUCAAGAUAAACAGGAGGCGUUCAAUGUCAAGCAAGAAGGGGGUGAAGGUCAGAUGAUGCUGGAGGCUGCAGUCAGAGCAGAGAUCAGCUCUGUGCAAAAAGAUUGGUCAGGUUAUCUGCUGGUUUCCACCACAGAAGAAGAGCAGCCAAUUAGGGAGUUGAGCUUCAGUCUGCACAUUAAACAGGAGGGUGGAGCUUCAGGACCUGAGGAUGCUGAUACCAGUUUCACACCGAGUCCUGAUUGGUUAAUGGGGAGCAAUGAUGAUGAGGGAAGUUUUUCAUCCAAUCAGAUCCAGCCCCACAUAGAGGAGUUUCUCCCUGCCCCCUCAGACGCCCUAAUGAGACCAGAACCUGGAAGGACAUGCAGACCUCCAGACCACAACAGGGACUCAGUUGUCCAAUCAGAGUCGUCUGAGGACAACGACAACAUUCAGUCUGAACCAGGUCUCCAGAGGACUCAGGGGAGUGAAACUCGGCCUCCUGUAGACCAGAAGCUUCUGGUCUGUGGUAGCUGUGGUCGAGAGUUCAGCUCAAGGCGAACUCUGAGGAAACACAUCAGACGAAACACAGCUCAGGACAAGGACCAGAUGUCCUGCAGCCUCCGCAGACAGAGGGCCCCCUUCCAGAGUCCUGACAAGUCCUUCAGCUGCAGAGUCUGUGGCAGCUCCUUCUACACACAGGGGAUUCUGGUGCGGCACGCCGAGAACCACUGCAAGGAGCCAGAGAGUCGGUGCGGAGCCUGUGGGGACCAUCUGGAGUCAACCGAGACUCUCAGAGAACACCUGCGGUCCCACAAAGAGCUGGGCAGCACCUGCGAUGUGUGCGGGAAGAAGUGCAGUUCCAUCAGGAGGAUGGAGAUCCACAAACGGGUCCACACUGGAGAGAAACCAUACCGCUGCAGUUUCUGCAACCGAGACUUUAGCAGGAAGGAGAGUUUGGAGAGACACCUGAAGGUCCACAGCGGGGACAGACCACACCACUGCGGACUCUGCAGGAGGACUUUCACCAGGAGGGAGAACCUGGUCCGCCAUCUAAAUACUGGUCACACAGAGAGGCCAGGUCCAUCUGCAGGGACCGAGGGGAUGGACCAGAUCAGUUUGAUGCUGUGACACAUUCCAGAAGAGGAAAGUCUUUAGCAGGUGACAGAGAAAAUGAUGUAUAAAACUUUAUGCCACUUAAAAGACUUGAAAAGGCUUUAGGAUGUUAAAGGGACUUGAUCUGAACCAAACCAGAUCUGUAGCUCGAGCUUUAAUGAUCGACAGAACAUUAAGCAGGUUUGAUAAUCAAUUCAUCAUUUACAGGAACAGAUUUUGGUAAAUCCUCUUGCUUUCUGUAUUUAAUAACUUGUGGAGUCCCUUAGGGAGGCGUCCUGGAGCCUCUUUUCUUUCUUUUAAAGUUUACAAGUUAUAUUUUCUCCACAGUCUUUUUUACUUGUAAAAUUCUGAGUUUUAAUGAACCAAGAUUUUUUUAUGGGGUAAAAAUACCUUCAAAAACUUUAUACCAUUUUCCAAAAGCAAUCUGUGAGAGUUUGGUCUGGAGUUUUUAUGUGAGUUCAUCAGUAUGUGUUCAGAUGCCCAAGAGCUUGUUGCAGGACCUUUUGACCACAGGUGAAACAGUUGGUUAAAUAAUCACGAGUAGCGUAACAGAAAUUUAAUUUUUUUUUUAAAUAAUCAAUUCACUUUAAUCCACAUUUAUUUGCUGUCUACAAUAAGUUAUAGAGUCCCUCAGGGAGGUGUCCUGGGGCCUGUCUAUUGAUGAAUUGAUAAAGAGUGUGAUAAAACAACGUUUAAACAUUAUAUAAAUCCUGUACUUCUCUCUUUUGACCUGAACCAAUAAAAAAUAAGGAGAUACAUACAACAACUGCUGGAAGAAAAACAAAGACAGAAGGCCUAAAAAUACAGUUUUGUUCACCAAAGUCUUUAACUAAGUUGUGAUCAAACUGAUCUCAUCUGACUGACAAGAGACAGUUAUUUAUUUAUAUUUAUAAACAGUUAUUAUUACAGUGUGAGAAGCAGCAAGGCACGAACACUGUUAGGAACUAAAUCUAAAUCUGACUGAACUAAAUCAUGUCUGUACUGAAAACUAACCAUUAAUGGUGUUUUAACAUUUUCUUCCUCAAACCACAGAAACUUUCAGCAGGUGGAAACUCACCUGUGUUGUAACUUUUAAUAUGGAAAUUCAUUAAAUGUGGUUGAUUUUGAUUUUCAUGAUUGAAAAUGUUUUAUAGAUUCGAUCAGUUUCCUAAUCAAUACACCAUCAAAAUAACAUUUUUUUUUUAGUUUUCCCAUUUUUAAAGUGAUUUUACAGUUUUUGUAAUUUUUGACUUGAUUGGUUUAUAACUUCAGCAGUUUGUUGAGUGAUGUUGGUCUGUGUCUCAACUGUUAUGACUAGAUCAGACUAUGAGAUUAUAAUCAUAGGUUUAUUUUAUAAGGAGACAUAUUUCUCAUCUGAUUUCACCUUGUUCUGCCAGCAAAACUUUGUCUCCAACAGGUCACAGCUGAAUAAAUAUAAUAAACAUCUAAUCUAACAAA